ACAACUUUUCCAGAGCAACUCCGAGGCACAACGCGUUCAGCAGCCGCUCAACAACGUAUUGAGAUUUGCCGAAGCAGCCGAAAAGACGACCGAAAGAAUAAGCGAAACGGCACAGUAGUUGUUAGGACUGUAUUAAAGUGAGUUAAGUCUUUGCUUUGUAGAUAUAUAUUUUUUGUUUUUCAGCGUUUUUUUCGGAAGUUGAGAUGAGGAAUCUGUGGUUUUUGUUUCUCGUCGGACUGGCGACUGGGUUCAUCAGUGAAAAGCUCUUCGUCUCCUCCCAGUCACCCAUUUCUGCAGCAGAUGACUUGUACAUAGAGGGGCAGAUGUCAGGUGACCUGCCUGUGGAUGACGAAGACAGGGAAGAUGACGGAUCAGGCUCUGGAUCAGGAGACUACAGUGUAGGUGAACUCCCAAGCAAAGACGAGCUACUCAGAAGGUUCCUUAACCCCAUCAUGACCACAGUCUCUAAAGAAGCGACUCCAGUUAAACCACAGGCAACAGCAGCCUCUCCUUCCAACCCACAAACCACCAUAGCAGACAGCCAGGAUCACCACACCACAGUAGAGGUGUCGCCAACAGAAGGCAAACUCCCUGAUGGGGCUGAUGGGGAGCGCAGUGAUGAGAAGGUGGAAGAUGUUGUCCCAGCAACUAUCUCAUCCACCCAGAACACCAGUCCCAGCUCCACCAGCCAGCCUCCCAGUGACACUACUUCAACCAGAUUCAGCACUGCCGUCAGCGUGAGCCUUGGUGCUGAUGAAGAUAACAGUCUGGAUAGUUGGGAUGUCACGACACCCAAAAGCAGUGAAGAUGAGGUUCUGAUCAAAGAGGAAGACAAUGAGAUUGUGGCCAGAGAUGGCAGGGGCAGCAGGAUAUAUGACCUGGACUCUCCUGAUGAGGUUACCUCUGAGAACUUGUGGGAGAGAACAGAAGUUCUAGCCGCGGUGAUUGCAUGUGGAGUGGUUGGAUUCCUCUGUGCUGUUUUCCUCCUCCUCCUCCUUGGUUACCGUAUGAAGAAGAAGGAUGAGGGCAGCUAUGAGCUGGGUGACAGCAAACUUGCCUCAAUGAACUAUCAAAAAGCACCUACUAAGGAGUUCUACGCCUGAACUGACUGAAAAGAACUUUUAAAUGGACCUGUCUCCUUCCAGUCAGGAUUGAGAUUGGAUGUAAAAACAACUAGACAUGAUUCCUCUUCAUGAAGUUUGAAGUCAAGCACAUCUGUUCUUUAGUGCUCCUUCCUUUCCUUUCUUUCAUUACAACCUUCCUUCCUUUCACAUAUAUGACCAUUGUUUGUGAACUAUAGGUCAUAAUUUAGAAACAAAUCUGCUGAAAUACUAUGGGGAGGGAGCUACAAUCUAAAUACACAUCUUAAAUUUAAAAAUCUCUAAAAAAUAGUUUGAAUAGAUAAAAAAAAAAUCAACUUAUAACACUGAUAACUCUGUGCCUUUCCACCCACAUUACUUCUCUGAACCACACUGUGCUGGACUUUGUUCUGUAUUGCAGACAGAUUGAUUGUCCUAUUUAGAUGAGCUGUAGCCUGAACUAUUGCAGCUCAGCCAAACAGCAUAGUGGACGUUCACAGAAAUAUACAGUGUGAAUAGCCUUAAUACUCUUUGAAUAGAAAUGGUACCAAAUAUGAGAUUAGUGUUGCAAAGAGCCUUCAAACUAUUUUUUCAUAGUAUUUGAAGUCAAAAUGUAUCUUUGCUAACACCGUUACAUUUCAUUUUAUGUAUGCUUUCUUUACUAAAUUGAAGAUUUUUUUGUUUUUAUGAAUAAUUUGUGUUUUUUGUUAUGCUGUCCAGUAUUGACAUGAGAGACUUUGUUACUCUGCAGGUACAUAUUUUUGUUGUUUUCUCAUAGAUAUUUGACCAAAUAUAAAUGUGCUUUAUUUGUCUUUUUGAAAAUUAUUUUACUAGCUUGUUUAAUGGGAUUUUAAGAGAGUAUAUUUCCAUAAGCCAUUUUAAGUAGAGAUUCUAGUCUUUUCAUUUUAUUCAUGCAGGCAUAGGUAAAAGCCCUUAAAGUUUGCCUCUGCCUUGCAUACAUCAUAUUGUAGGGACUAUUUUAUGGAGCAGGGUUGCUAAGGUAGAGCCAAGGCUAAUAACUAUGAUUCAGAAACCAUAGAAGUAACCAACAUUUUCUGAUGACUGCCAAAGCACAUUCCUGUCUCACUGUGAACUGUAUACUGCAAAAACAGCUGGUUUGCGUUUAAAGGGACAGUGGCAGUUUGUAGUGUUUCUUACAGUAUGAAGUCAGGGCUUGUUUACACAGCAGGGCUGGGCAGUUAAAAAUGUAGUCAUCUGUAGAUUCCUGUUUAAUGUAAUAAGCAAUGUGAAAGGCAAGAUUAUCCUGAGUCAGUAACUUAUUUGCUACAUACAGACUCAUUUUAAUUUGUCUGAAUACUUCUCUUAAGUGCAGGCAUGUCAUGUUUUAAAAAUGUGUCUUUCUUUGUAGUCUUAACCUCAACUAGCCAACCAAAGGACCAGGGACCUUUGUAAAGUUUGAGGCAUUCAACAGCAACUGCUGCGGAGUUGCUUUCCAUUAUGAUAGCUCAUUGUUUUUACACUUUGUUUUAUGUUUCAGAGGAUAUGCUGUAGCCCUUUGUGAGGUAUCAGCUACCUAAUGCACAUAAUGUGUCAAAGAACAAAACUCUUCACAUCAGCCUCUAAUUAAAUUGAGGGUAAAGCUGUCUUAAAACAGCUCUUUUGAUAGCCUUUAAACUGUAUGAAGAGGACAGACAUAUAUUCUUCUAUAACCUGCUUUGUUGUCAAACAGAGAUCACUGGUACAUAAAGAUGAAGGGUUAAAGUGUUUAAACUGCGUUCAUAUGUUCUUCCUUAGUUUGAUUUAAAUGUCCCUAAACAAACUUUUAAAUGCAUUUAUGAACAGAAAAUAGGAUUCCAAUUAGUAUUUUUUACAUAAUUCUUACCCAAUGCAAAUUCUCAACCACUGUUUUGUGUCUAUAACAGACCAGUCAACUUCAUGAGGCCAUGUAACAUCAGUGAAAGUUGGUAAAUGAUGCUACAUUAAUUUUUUUUGUCUCAUUUGAGGCUUCUGUAUAGACUUUACAUGGUUAAAUUUCUUUUGCAAUUACAGAAGAGACUAUUUUGAUUGAAUUUUUUAAGUGUACAUGCAAACUACCGUUUCUCUAUGGCUGGAAUAAACAGAAAGAACUUAACACUGACCUACUGUGACUUGAUGUUGACAACGUGAAAUUAGUUCAGGCUCUUGAAUGCUCAGUGCCUCAUAAAACAAUUUAAACAUCUUCUUUUUCUGUACUUUUGCAGCUUUGGUGUAAUUCUGUAGUAGUUUUUACCAGCAGGAACAUCUAGUAUCUGAUAAUCUAUUUCCAAGACAACUGGUUAGCACUCACUGCCAAUGCUGCAGGGGAUGACACGAGAUAACCUUUCUCUGCUAGGGUCUCUGUUAGUUUAAACUAUAUGUUGAUGAUACUAUAAUUUAUAUACAUUAAUUUAUACUUACUCAGAAUAAAUCCAGGUUAACAAUUCAGCUAUAAAUUGGGAUUGUACAGUAUUUACUUAUGGUUGAAGCCUCUCUGUUACUGCGUGUUGUGUAUUGUAUUUAUGGUUUUAGAUUAUUCAACUGGCAUGGUGCAAUUUAUUUUCAAUGUCAUCAUCAGUUGUCUUCAUUUUUUAUACCUUUUCAUAAAGAAGCAUUUUACUAGAUCAAUGUGUUUCUUGUAAAUAUGAUUCUGCUUUAAUUUUCAUUUUAUUAGAAGUUGACUUUGAAUUGACUGAAGCCUUUUUUUAACAAACACCUACACAUGAUGGGACCAACCAAAAAUCAGCUUUACAAAUAAAAUGGUGUCAUAGGCACCAGAGGUGGCCAAAACAGAACUGUGUUGUUGAAAUGGUGUAUCUUAUGAAGUUCACUACUGAAUAAAGAAGUGGCUUUGAUGCA